AGAGGAUGUGUCCAACGUCAUCGUCGAGCGACGAAUCGAAGAAGGUCGAGACGUCAUAUUCGCGCGUCCAGACUUGGGGGUGCAUGUGUGAGGUUGUCGGUUGUCAAGGUUCUAGCAUUCCAUUUGAAAAAUGAGUUUUGUGGAGUAUAAAGACAUCAUUCAGAAUGGUGACACUGCCAUUGUCUUCCUGGGUCAUGACUCUAUGUUUGCGAUUAAAGUUCAGCAAGGUGGUGCAACACAGACUAAAUAUGGCGCCAUCAAGCAUUCAGCAGACCUGAUUGGAAAGAGAUAUGGCUCUAGGAUUACAUGCAGCAAAGGUGGAUGGGUGUAUAUACUUCAUCCAACACCGGAACUCUGGACAGUGACUCUUCCACACCGGACCCAGAUCCUUUAUUCCACUGAUAUCUCAAUGAUUAUCAUGAUGCUCGAGUUGAAGCCAGGAUCAAUUGUCUGUGAAUCGGGUACAGGGAGUGGCUCUCUUUCCCACGCCAUUAUUCGAACAAUUGCACCAACAGGACAGCUAUAUACUGUGGAAUUUCAUAAACAACGAGCAGACAAAGCUAAAGAGGAGUUUCAUGAACACAAGGUAGAUCAUUUGGUCACAGUGAAAACACAAGAUGUGUGUAAAGAAGGCUUUGGAGUGACAAAUAUUGCAGAUGCUGUUUUUCUGGACAUUCCAUCACCUUGGGAGGCUGUUAAAUAUGCAAAAUCUGCCUUGAAGGUAGAAGGUGGAAGGAUCUGUUCUUUCUCUCCCUGCAUUGAACAAGUGCAGCGCACCUGCCUUGCUAUGACUGAGCAGGGAUUCAAUGAUAUCAGUACGUUUGAAAUCCUUCUCCGGGUGCAUGAUGUCAGGACUGUGAGCCUGCAGCUCCCUGACUUUGGUACGGAAGACAAAAAUAGCCUGGACAAGCCAGCUGACACUGUGAGCCAAUCAAAGGGAAAAUACUGUACAGAUUCACAACAAGGAACUAUCCAGUUUAAGAGUGGUGCGCCUGUAAAAGAGAUGGCAGGUCAUACUGGAUAUCUGACCUUUGCUACCAAAUAUCUUUCCUAAGGGACAAAGAAAUGUUAUUUAUGAAUAUAUUUUUUUCUCGCUAAGGGAGGUACAGUGUAGAAUUAAAUUCCACAGAGAUGUGUUGACGUGUGAUGUCCUGUGGAUGCAUGCCUUAAUUAUGGCAUCUGCUUAACAUUUUACUUUUACAGAAACUUACUGUGAAAGAAAUAGCAUACAACUUGAUGCAAAUUCAGUACUUGGGCUGUAAAUGGAAUGAGCAGUGGGAUCUAAACCAUUUAUAAAUUCCAUGUGGGCAUACUGUAUUGACCUUCUUUCAUCAAUGCCUUGUUCGUUUAGUUUAAUUGACUUUCUAAUAAAUAUUUUGUAUACUGAAGAAUAUUAAGUGACUUGUGUUUAUAACAUAAUAUUGAAUACAGUUAGAUCUUUAUCAGAUCAGGCUACAUACAUGCAAAUAUAAUUUAGAUGGAGAAGGAUCUUAAUGGCUGACUUAUGAUGUCUAUACUUGUUAAUUAACAAUGAACAUUUGUGAAAUAGUGAUGUGAAGCCAUUCAAAUAUUCCAUUGUCGUAACACAAUUUGAAAAUGUUGACUAACAAGAAAAUUGAUUUCUGAAUCUAUAGUUUCUAUUUGUUUAAGUUAUUAAUAUUGUAAUGCAGAAUAUUCUGCUGUGUUUU